AUGAAGCUGGUUAUCAACCUGAUAAUGGAGGACAUCAACGAGCACACAGCAAAGGAUAAAGAACAGGUACAGUCAGACAGCAUCCCGACUUCAGUCAGUGCAGAGAAGACGAGUCAGCAGAACAAACUAAUAAAAAAGAACCUCCUCGACCAUGAUGAUGAGAAUCUGUGUCUUCUUUCUUCUGUUAGUUGCUUCAAGCAACGGACAGACAACAACAACAGCUGCUGCAACAACAACCACAGCUGCUCCAACAACAACCACAGCUGCUCCAACAACAACCACAGCUGCUCCAACAACAACCACAGCUGCUCCAACCACAACCACAGCUGCUGCAACAACAACCACAGCUGCUCCAACCACAACCACAGCUGCUCCAACCACAACCACAGCUGCUCCAACCACAACCACAGCUGCUCCAACAACAACCACAGCUGCUGCAACAACAACCACAGCUGCUCCAACCACAACCACAGCUGCUCCAACCACAACCACAGCUGCUCCAACAACAACCACAGCUGCUCCAACAACAACCACAGCUGCUCCAACCACAACCACAGCUGCUCCAACAACAACCACAGCUGCUCCAACCACAACCACAGCUGCUCCAACAACAACAACAGCUGCUGCAACAACAACCACUUCUGCUCCAACAACAACCACAGCUGCUCCAACAACAACCACAGCUGCUCCAACAACAACCACUUCUGCUCCAACAACAACCACAGCUGCUCCAACCACGACCACAGCUGCCCCAACAACAACCACAGCUGCUCCAACAACAACCACAGCUGCUCCAACAACGACCACUUUUGCUGCAACAACAACCACAGCUGCUCCAACCACAACCACAGCUGCUCCAACCACAACCACAGCUGCUCCAACCACAACCACAGCUGCUCCAACAACAACCACAGCUGCUCCAACAACAACCACAGCUGCUCCAACCACAACCACAGCUGCUCCAACAACAACCACAGCUGCUCCAACCACAACCACAGCUGCUCCAACAACAACCACAGCUGCUCCAACAACGACCACUUCUGCUGCAACAACAACCACAGCUGCUCCAACAACAACCACAGCUGCUCCAACAACAACAACAGCUGCUGCAACAACAACCACAGCUGCUCCAACCACAACCACAGCUGCCCCAACAACAACCACAGCUGCUCCAACAACAACCACAGCUGCUCCAACAACAACCACAGCUGCCCCAACAACAACAACAGCUGCUGCAACAACAACCACAGCUGCUCCAACCACAACCACAGCUGCCCCAACAACAACCACAGCUGCCCCAACAACAACCACAGCUGCUCCAACCACAACAACAGCUGCCCCAACCACAACCACAGCUGCCCCAACAACAACCACAGCUGCUCCAACAACAACCACAGCUGCCCCAACCACAACCACAGCUGCCCCAACAACAACCACAGCUGCUCCAACAACAACCACAGCUGCCCCAACCACAACCACAGCUGCCCCAACUACAACCACAGCUGCUCCAACAACAACCACAGCUGCCCCAACAACAACCACAGCUGCUCCAACAACGACCACAGCUGCUCCAACCACAACUGCUCCAACAACAACCACAGCUGCCCCAACCACAACUGCUCCAACAACAACCACAGCUGCCCCAACAACAACCACAGCUGCUCCAACAACAACCACAGCUGCUCCAACAACAACCACAGCUGCUGCAACCACAACCACAGAUGCUGCAACAACAACCACAGCUGCUGCAACCACAACCACAGAUGCUGCAACAACAACCAUAGAUGCUCCAACAACAACCACAGCUGCACCAACAACAACCACAGCUGCCCCAACAACAACCACAGCUGUACCAACAACAACCACAGCUGCCCCAACAACCACUGCAGCAACAACAACCACUGCCGCUCCAACAACAACCACAGCUGCUUCAACACCAACCACAGCUGCUUCAGGAGCCGCCAACAAUGUGCCCGGAGCAACCACAGCUUCAGCAGCAACCAACAAUGUGCCCGGAGCAACCACAGCUUCAGCAGCAACCAACAAUGCAGCCGGAGCAACCACAGCUUCAGCAGCAACCAACAAUGCAGCCGGAGCAACCACAGCUUCAGCAGCAACCAACAAUGCAGCCGGAGCAACCACAGCUUCAGCAGCAACCAAUAAUGCAGCUGGAGCAACCACAGCUUCAGCAGCAACCAACAAUGUGCCCGGAGCAACCACAGCUUCAGCAGCAACCAAUAAUGCAGCUGGAGCAACCACAGCUUCAGCAGCAACCAACAAUGCAGCCGGAGCAACC